AGCCAAUAACUGACGUGGCCCUGACCCGGUCCUCUUUCACGACCCGGCCUCGGGGUUAUGGCCGGGAGUGGGAGGCUGGCUCUGCGGACGCUGCCAGGGUCGGGCUGGGUGCGGGGCUCGGGCUCCGCGUUGCUGAGCCGCCUGAAGGACGCGGCCGUGGUGCGUCCCGGCUUCCUGAGCAAGGACGAGGAGGAGACGCUGAGCCGCGAGCUGGAACCGGUGCUUCGACGUCGCCGCUACGAAUAUGAUCACUGGGACGCGGCCAUCCACGGCUUUCGGGAGACAGAGAAGUCCCGCUGGUCAGAGGCCAGCCGGGCCAUCCUGCAGCGCGUACAAGUGGCCGCCUUUGGCCCUGGGGAAACUCUGCUGUCUCCAAUCCACGUGCUAGACCUGGAGCCUCGGGGCUACAUCAAGCCCCACGUGGACAGCGUCAAGUUCUGUGGAGCCACCAUCGCCGGCCUGUCCCUCCUGUCUCCAAGUGUAAUGCGGCUGGUGCACACCCAGGAGCCAGGGCAGUGGCUGGAACUCCUGCUGGAGCCUGGCUCCCUCUAUAUACUAAGGGACUCGGCCCGUUACGAUUUCUCCCAUGAGAUUCUCCGAGACGAAGAAUCAUUUUUUGGGGAGCGUCGGGUUCCCCGGGGUCGACGCAUCUCUGUGAUCUGCCGCUCUGUCCCCGAGGGGGUGGGGCCAGGACGGCUACCCCCAGCCUGCUGACCUCCAGCCUCUCCCAGACACCGGAUCUGUGAAUAAAGCUGAACAGACAA